CUAGAUUUUGUAAAAGUAAGUCACAUUGAGGCAGCUGUGCCGCAGUCAUCCUGUCGUCGGUGAGGUUGGAAGGCGAAGUGCUCGCGCGGGAUGAUUGGUGAGGUGUUCCACUGACCGCGCCCUCAUUUCGCGCCUAUAACCGCUACCGGGAGGACGCGCAUUGAGCGGCAGAUCUGCUGUGUCGUUUCAUGCAGGUGGAGUGGCUUGACGCGCUCACACAGCCGUCGUCUGUACGCCAGUGAAAGGGGAGGGCAAACAACCGCAUUUCGCGUCUCUGGACUAUACAAAAGACCAACGAACAAUUUCCAGUGAGAAGUGGGGAUAACGCGCGCUCACUUUCAGCCACAAACACAGAGACCUGGUCAAGGAAGAUUUCUGAUGGUGACAUCUUGCCGGUGGAAUGCAGACGCACAUUUCUAAAAGGAGCUGAGGUUUUCUGGGGAAAAUAAAUCAUGCAUUUGACCUACUACCCACAAAACGCAAAAUACAACCGCAGCAGUAAUCCUACUUUCACCAGGGGGUGAGAUACAAAAAUCUGCCUUUUAACAUGUCGAGUCAACUAGAUUUUUAGGGCAGUUUUAGAUUUCAAAGCACUAAGUACCGUGUGAGUUUUUUUUUUUUUUUUUUUUUUUACAUGGGCUUUCAGAAGUGUUCCUCAAUGGAGUUCCUCAGUGGAGAAUCAAGAUGGAGAAUCAAGUGAAAAGAAAUCCUUAAAUACUAGGCUUUUUUUUUUUUUUUUAACUGGGACCUUACUAUUUAUGCAGUGCUAUUUUGGAGAAGGCCAGAUAAAUUAAUACGCUAGACUGGGAAUAAAUCUCUCCUCUGCAGUGGAUUAAGAGAAACAGAACAUUAGGAAAAAGAGGAUUAGGAGCACGCUUGGAAGAUGAUGACGCGGAAGUGGAGGUGCGGCGCGAAGUUAUCGCAAGCAUCCGUUUGGCUGGGACUCGUGGUGGCUGUUGCAGUCACCACAGCACUAGAGUUUGACGGCCUGCCGGGCCAGUGGGUUCGCUAUGGACCCUGGGAGGCGAGAGCCACUGGAGAGCUGAGCUUCACCAUGAAGACAAACAUCAGCAAAGCUAUAGUGCUAUACCUGGACGAUGGCGGUAACUGUGACUUCCUGGAGCUCCUGAUCAACGACGGCCGGCUGCAGUUGCGCUUCGCCAUCCACUGUGGCGAGCCGGCCUCGUUGCACAUGGAGACGCACGUCAACGACGAGCGCUGGCACCGUGUGCUGCUAACAAGGAAUUACCGUGAGACCAUGCUGGUGAUGGAUGGGGAGAGCAAAGUGGCGGAGGUGAAGUCAAAACGAAGGGAGAUGAUGGUGGCCAGCGACUUGUACGUGGGCGGGAUCCCACCGGAUGUGCGUCUCUCGGCCCUCACGUCCAGCACGGUCAAAUAUGAACCACCUUUCCGAGGCCUGAUCGCCAACCUGAAGUUAGGCGAGACGACUCCUGCCCUUCUGGACAGUCAGGGGGUGAAGAACGAUCUGGAAUACCUGUGUACCAAACAAAACCCCUGCAGCAACGGAGGACGCUGCUCCAUUCACGACAGCGAGGUGCUGUGCGAUUGCUCCAAUACCGGCUACAAAGGGAAAUACUGCACUGAAGGUCUGGCGCACCUGACGUUAAAGAGCCAAGCCCCAGGAGCAGCUCCUCUGAUGGCCACUCCUGCAGCAGGUGAUCUGGAAUCAGGCCAAGUGGAGUCAGUGGCCACAUUCAAGGGUAAUGAGUUCUUCAGCUACGACCUGUCCCAAAAGCCCAUCCAGAGCAGCACCGAUGAAAUCACCCUGUCCUUCCGAACGCUGCAGCGGAACGGCCUCCUGCUCCACACCGGAAAGUCCGCCGACUACGUCAACCUGUCUCUGAAAAGCGGUGCUGUGUGCCUGGUCAUCAACCUGGGCUCCGGCGCCUUCGAGGCUCUGGUGGAGCCGUCCGACGGCAAGUUCAACGACAAUGCCUGGCAUGCUGUCCGUGUGUCCCGCAACCUGCGUCAGCGCGCAGGGGUUGGACUCCCUACGGUAAACAAACUGCAUUAUAUGGUGACGAUAUCGGUGGACGGGCUGCUGACAACCACUGGCUACACCCAAGAGGACUACACCAUGCUGGGAUCAGAUGAUUUCUUCUACGUGGGCGGCAGUCCAAACACCGCGGAUCUUCCCGGCUCCCCCGUGAGCAAUAACUUCAUGGGCUGCCUUAAAGAUGUGGUCUACACCAAUAAUGAGUUCAGACUGGAGCUCUCCCGCCUGGCUGAAUUGCGUGACCCCAAGGUCAACCUCCACGGCGACCUGACCUUCCGCUGCGAGGAUGUCGCCGCAUUAGACCCUGUCAGUUUCGACGUGCCAACCGCUUACGUAACCCUUCCACGCUGGAACACCAAGAAAACCGGCUCCGUGUCCUUUGACUUCCGAAGCACCGAGCCCAACGGCCUCUUGCUGUUCAGCCACGGGCAGCCACAAGGUUCCAAAGAUCGCACGCCAAAGGUGGACUUCUUCGCCAUGGAGCUGCUAGACGGAUUCCUCUACCUGCUCAUGGACAUGGGCUCCGGCAGCAUCAAGAUGAAAGUCGGGAACAAAAAGGUCAAUGACGGAGAAUGGUGCCACGUGGAUUUCCAGAGAGAGGGCAGGAAAGGCUCCAUCUCAGUUAACGGCCGUAGCAUGCCCUUCUCCACCAACGAGGGCAGUGAGAUCCUCGAUCUCGAUGGUGAAAUGUAUCUGGGGGGUCUACCAGAGGACAGCGGCGGUCUUCCUCUCCCGCCAGAGGUGUGGACCGCCCGCCUCAGGCUGGGCUUUGUGGGUUGCGUGCGGGACCUCUUCGUAGACGGGCGCAGCAAAGACCUGCGGCGGUUGGCGGAGCUUCAGAGCGUUCCGGGUGUCAGCAGCUUCUGUACGAGGGAGACACAUCGGAGGUGCAGCUCGGAGCCCUGUGCCCACGGAGGCCGCUGCCGUGAAGGCUGGAACCGGCAUGUCUGCGACUGCACUGGAACUGGAUAUCUGGGUGCCAACUGUGAGAUGGAGUCCGCAGUGCUGAGUUAUGACGGCAGCAUGUUUCUGAAGAUCCUGAUGCCCCACGCCGUUCACACUGAGGCUGAGGAUGUGUCUCUGCGCUUCAUGUCGCAGAGGGCUUAUGGUCUGCUCAUGGCCACCACCUCCAAAGAGUCCGCCGACACCCUGCGCCUGGAGCUGGACGGGGGAAGGGUCAGACUCACCGUCAACCUAGAUUGUAUCGGGAUAGACUGUAACCUUAGUAAAGGACCGGAGACUCUGUUCGCAGGGCAUAAGCUGAAUGACAAUGAGUGGCACUCUGUGAAGGUGGUGCGCCGUGGGAAGAGCCUGCAGCUUUCUGUUGACAAUGUGACCGUGGAGGGCCAGAUGAGCGGAGCACACACGCAGCUGGAGUUCCACCACAUAGAGACGGGCAUCAUGACCGAGCGGCGCUUUAUCUCAGUCAUGCCUUCCAACUUCAUCGGCCACCUGCAGGGCCUCGCUUUCAAUGGCAUGCCGUACCUAGACCAGUGCAAGAAUGGUGAUAUCUCCUACUGCGAGCUCAAUGCCCGCUUCGGCAUGCGCCGCAUCGUGGCCGAUCCGGUCAGCUUUCGGAAUCGAGGCAGCUAUGUGGCGCUGUCCACCCUGCAGGCUUACGCCUCCAUGCACCUCUUCUUCCAGUUCAAGACCACCAGCCCCGAUGGUCUGAUGCUGUUUAACUCUGGAGACGGCAGUGACUUUAUCGUGAUUGAGCUUGUGAAGGGGUACAUCCAUUAUGUUUUUGACUUGGGCAAUGGGCCGUCGCUCAUGAAGGGCAACUCCGACAAGCCGCUCAAUGACAACCAGUGGCACAAUGUGAUGGUGUCCCGCGAUGACAGCAACGUGCACACGCUCAAGAUCGACUCCCGCACGGUCACGCAGCACUCCAAUGGAGCCCGCAACCUGGACCUGAAAGGAGAGCUGUACAUUGGAGGUGUGGGGAAGAGCAUGUACAACAGUCUGCCCAAGCUUAUAGCAUCGCGGGAUGGCUACCAGGGCUGCCUGGCCUCAGUUGACCUGAAUGGCAGACUCCCUGACCUGAUCGCAGAUGCUCUGCACCGUGUGGGCCAAGUGGAGCGAGGCUGUGAAGCCGCCCCCGGCACAACCUGCAUGGAGGACUCCUGCUCCAAUCAGGGAGUGUGUCUGCAGCAGUGGGAGGGGUUUACUUGUGACUGCACUAUGACGACAUAUGGUGGUCCCCUCUGCAGUGACCCUGGGACCACGUAUAUUUUUGGGAGAGGAGGAGCACUCAUCACAUACACCUGGGCACCCAAUGAUCGGCCAAGCACCCGGGCGGACCGUUUGGCCGUGGGCUUCAGCACCCAGCAGAGUGAUGCCAUCCUGGUGCAGGUGGAGAGCAGCCAGGGCCUCGGAGACUACCUGCAGUUGCACAUCGAACAAGGGAAGGUCGGCGUGAUCUUCAAUGUGGGCACAGAUGACAUCACCAUAGAUGAGCCUGCGGUUACCGUGAACGACGGCAAGUACCACGUGGUUCGCUUUACACGUAGCGGUGGCAACGCCACCCUCCAAGUGGAUAACCAGCCCGUCAUUGAGCGCUUCCCAUCAGGGAACAUUGAUAAUGAACGGCUUGCAAUAGCCAGGCAAAGAAUUCCAUACAGACUUGGUCGGGUAGUUGACGAGUGGCUACUCGACAAAGGUCGGCAGUUGACCAUCUUCAACAGCCAGGCAGCCAUAAAAGUGGGAGGUCAGGAUAAGGGGCGGUCGUUCCAAGGUCAGAUCUCAGGCCUGUACUAUAACGGGCUGCAAGUGCUGAAACUGGCGGCCGAGGGGGACCCGAAUGUGCAGGUGGCAGGAAACUUGCGUUUGGUUGGGGAUGCACCCUCUGUCUUGUCCACAGAGACCACCUCAGCCACCCCUCCGGCUGCGGCAGACAUGUCCACCACCAUAAUGGAGACCACCACCACCAUGGCCACCACCACCACCCGUAGACAGCGCUCUCCCAGCCUGAAGGACAGUAUUACACAGAACUCAGAUGACCUUCUGGUGGCGUCAGCCGAGUGUCCCAGUGAUGACGAGGAUCUGGAGGAGUGUGAGCCUGGCACUGGAGGUGAACUUGUGUUGCCCAUAAUUACCGUGGACACCCAAGACCCCCUUCCCAUGGCCACCCGUUACCCUGCCAUCCCCGCCCCUCCCACUUCCCUGACCCCUCUCCAAACCACCAAAGAGUCCCUCAUUCUGUCCAACCCCCGUCCACCGUGCCCUCCGGACCAGGAGGACUGCGGCGACCCCAUGGAGGUGUCGGCCUUCGGCUCCGGAGAAAUGACGGAGUCCGAUGACGAGGACUUUUACAAAAACUCCCCCAUGGUCACGGACAGGACAGUCCUGCCGCCGCCCCCCGCCGUGGGCAAGAGCGGAGGCCAGGGCCCAGGUGACCACCGUCCUCCAGCCCCCGCCCCCACCACCCACCCCAACCAGCUCCACAUCCCCGCGGGCAAAAUGAACACCCGCGACCAGGUGCUCCUGCCACCUGCCCCAUCCUCCCGUCACACUCCAGGUCUAACCUACCCGCCCGAUUUCCCCCAUGUGCCCACAGCUCACCCCACCGACCUGAUGGAGAAGGGCCGCCCGGGCGCCGUGGAAGUGAUCAGGGAGUCCAGCAGCACCACAGGCAUGGUGGUCGGCAUCGUGGCGGCUGCCGCCCUCUGCAUCCUCAUCCUCCUGUACGCCAUGUAUAAGUACCGCAACCGAGACGAAGGCUCUUAUCAGGUGGACCAGAGCCGCAACCCGGGCUCUGAAAGCAACGGUGCCGUAGUGAAGGAGAAGACGCCGAGCACGACUGCCGCCAUCGCCAAAACGACCACCAAGGGCAAGAAGAACAAAGACAAGGAGUAUUACGUCUGAGUGAACGAGCGCGCA